AUGCAUAAUGUUGCCUCCAACGGCACCGCGCAGGCGGAGUACGCUAUUUUGCGCGGUAGAAUCUGCGGCGUUACGGGACGUCUCCCAUAUUGGGAGCGAAGAAAGACAGGGAGGACGUUCCCUCGCGCCUGUAGGAGUCCUCUCAGGAAGAGCAGCCGGCGCUGCGCUGUCCGCCGAAGAGGCAACCUCUGGCCUCCAAUCCCCGGGACCCGCAGGAAAACCUGGCUCUUCAGGUGCCCCGCCCCCCUGUCUACCCUCCUGACCGCGCACGCGUUGCCACUGGUCUGCGCCUUCAAUAGGGGCAGCGAGUGCGGCAAGGAACGGCCCAGCUUGGUCCGGGCGGUGCCACCCCACCUGCAGCAUCGCUAA